AUGAACUCAAAUCGACAGACUCAAUGGCUGUCCAAGCCCUUUGCAAUCACAACACGCAGACUGGUCAUCGUACCGACUCCCAUUGCAAUUUCUCUCGAAUCCUACCGAGCACUAUACGCAGCAUUGCACGCGGAUGUAGGUUUCUGUGAAAUGGGUUUUGGGCCAGACUUCCCCGUGAAGAACUGGACCGAUGAAGAAACCUAUGAAGUUAUCGCGGCGCGUGACAUUGGACGGUCGUGGGAAAAGUACGCAAUCGGCGACUUCGCCGUUGGCUUGCACUCCGGGUCUAAACAGGGUAUCUCUGGAAGUUCCAUGCUCGAAGGGAAAGGAUUCGAAGAACUCGCAGGCGAAGAUCUCCAAUACUUCUCCGAUAUCAAUUGGGUCGGCUAUGCCGGUAUCCGCGAUGCAAGAACAACAUCCCUUCCGCCUCGUGAAGCAGGGGACCCGCCUCUUCCGCCAUGGCAGGAAAUGGUCGAAUUACGUUAUGGUGUCUCGCCGAAGGUUUGGGGUAAAGGAAUGGCGAAGGAAGCGGCCGAGGCCGUUAUGAAGUGGGCGAUUGAGAAACGAGGCGUGAGGAGGUUCAUCGCAGAGACGGAACGCGAUAAUGUGCGCAGUGCUCGGCUUUUGCAGAAGCUUGGUUUUGUGGCUAGUGGUACUGAUUAUUGGAAGGAGCCGAAUGAGUUGGAGUGGGAGUUGGUUGUAAAUAAUUGA